AUGUUGGAUUUAAAGGGGCCGCGGCAGGAUUGGGAAGAGCUUAGAAGGAGGUUUGUUUUUCCUUCCAGUCGGGAACGGCCGCCGGCGCCGCCUCGUUGGAGGGGGAGGGGGGGCGACACCAGCGGCGAGGAAGUGAUAGCGCGAGCCAUUUGCGCAUGCGUGGCUAGCCAUCCAUCCUACGAGGCUGUCCCUGAAAAAGCAGCAGGUAGGAGCUUUGGUUUCCUUUCUUUCUGCCUUUUCGGAAUACGGCGAUUGGUUUCCAUAAUGGAUAUGCCCCCCUCCAAUCUCUGGCAAGAGUGUUUUUGUUGUGGCAGGACCACCCUGGGGGGUAGGCCUCAGAGGGGUGGUCUUCCUGCUGGCGGGUGGGCCAGCGGCUGCUUGCAAGGGGGAGGGAAAUGCCAAGAGGCGAGACUGCCUGGAAGCAAGUCUCUGAUCUGGGAGCCCCCGCUUUCACCUUCUCCCCUACCCACCACCCACCAGCCUUAGGGGCAAGGCGAUCAAACUCUGCACAUGCUCAGGAGCACUGCGGUCUGUCCCUAUGUUCCAAGGUUGAGUGCCGGCCGUGAAACACGGUUGCUGGGAUCGAGCCCUGUCACUGCUUCAGCCCUGAUUUCCAAGCUGUGUCUGCCGAGUUCUCUCUUCCUCUCUUUGCCAAUGGCUCAUGCCUGACUCACUGGCAAAGGGUUGUUGCGUUUGUUUGUUUUUGGCUUCUGUAGGGCUGUGGCUCUCUGCUGCGCUGGCAAAGCAAAAGACUCUGCUCCAGGCUAAUAGAAGAUAGAAGGGCAGAUGCCCAGGAUUCCUGCCACUCCUUUACUGACAGCAGUUGUGUAGGCUGCCAGAUGAAAAAGCUUUUCCUUCUAUCUCAGUCUCCUAUUUGGGCUUAGUCUUCACUGAUCACAAGUUGCUUCCUGACCUGACCAGGAAAAUUGGUUCAAUGCAGCUGCUGGGGCAGAUACCAGGUUUGCUUUGGGAAUAGGAGCUACAGGGAUGCUUUACAAGGCUUAUUUCUUAUAUUGCAGCUGUUUAUUCUCUGUUGUGGUGUUAUCUCCUCCUCUGAUUCAAGGCUGCCCCUAUCAGCGGUAAAAUCUGACUUACUUGGCUGCAGUCGUGCGUCACACUAAAGUCAGAGGGUCUUACUUCCCAUAAACAUGUUUAGGAUUAUGCAAUUAAGAGUGGCAGCUGCCUUAGCUGAUGAUGGGUUUGAGAUUCUAGAUUUGGGAGCAGCCGCUACCGAGUUCUGCCUUUCUUUAGGAACCGUGGAGCAAGGAUGUUUCAUUCUCACAAGAGUCUUCCAUACCCAUUUUCCUUUCUUCUUUUUUAAUGCCAGAGAACUAUUUAAUACAUGUGGCAUGUUUUGCUUAGCUGGGAUGUGGUUAAAAGCCCUCUGAUGCAACAUUCUGUAAUGGUCCUACCACUUUCCAAUUCCUGUCCCGUUUUUACAAAGAAUUUAGGACUGUCUGGGCUCUCUGUUGCCUUGUGCUUUUUCCUCAACUCCCACCUAAAUAGGCUGCUGGGUUCCUGUCAUCCUCUUGUUAAUCAUUCAGAUGUCUGAUGCUGUUUUGAACUCUGAAACCAGCUCUGGGAAACUAUGGGAGGAGCUGGCAUGCUUGUUCUGAGUUUCAAGGUCUGCUGUGUAUGUGGCACUGACCUGCUAUUUAUAAUCAUGAUGCUAUCUCACCGUUCGGCUGUGGGCUGUGGCCUCCUGCAACAGGGAAUUUAAUGGAUUAUUUGAUGCGACUUCAGGCAUUUCUUUUGCAAAGGACUGAGGUCACACCCGCAACAUACAUUCAAGCACAUUUAUAGCAUAUGGCUUUCCCCAAACAAUCCUGGAAACUUGUUUACCCCUCAUAGAACUGCAAUUCCCAGUACCCUCAACAAACUACAGCUCCCCAAAUUCUAUGGGGGAAGCAAAAUGUGACCUGAGUUACUGCUGCAAUUCUAGGCAGGAUUAGAUGUACCUAGUACAUGUGUUGCAUGUCUGAGUGAAAUAGUUGGCAUUGCUUUACUCGAAUGAGUCUUUUCUCUAAAUUAUUAGGUGCACUGGAUCUGCACUGGGAACAUCCAUCUACCACAGCUUUUUAGUGUAUUUAGAGUUUCUGCAGAUAGAUAUAUUGAACAUGAAUCACAAUCAGUUGUGUCAAAGGGCCACAUGAUUAAGAGUCUCACACUGUGGCCAGUUGAUAACCUGGCUCAUGCUUCUCCUAAAGAUUAAGUGUUUUGUGUUGGUGCCCCUAUUCAGUGCUUUUUUUCUUUUAAAAAAAUGUUUAGGCGUACUCUCAUUUUGACUCAAGAAAAUCACUAUUUUAUAGUUCAAAUCGGGAAAAAUAAAUACAGUAAAUGGACAAAAGUACAAAGAGUCACAAAAUGUUUAGGGUUAUGUGUUCCCCUACGUCCCCCUAGAAAAAAAAGCACUGCCUCUGUUGUUAUAAACUUCUAAUCUGAAGAUGAUACUUGGCUAGGAAAGACGGGGAGAACCGUUUGGCAGGCUGAACUUAUUUUCUGAAAGGAUAGUGCUUGUUGGUUAUAUUUACUGAUGAACUGAUAAAUGUACCAUUUGAUGGCAAAAUCAAUGUCUUGUUUGUGCUUUGGUAACUUAACAAUAUUUUUAAAAGGUUGCUUCAGGGAGUACAAAUAUAGAUGAAGGAGCCCAAUUUUAAACAAGCUCUAGUAUUGCAGAAUAUGAAUUGUCCCUAAAUGAUGUUCAUCUGAAGCCAUUUAACAGUUGGUGAAUGGCUUCAAAAGACAUGACAUUUUGCCCUAAUACAAAAAAAAACCCUUAACACUUUUGUUCACUUAUGGGGUGGUAUAUUAACAUCUGGAUAUUUUGCAGUUUGUUGGCCUCUUUUUGCCUUUGUUACUGGCAGAUGUUAUAACAUGGACAUCAGGUCUUGUUAAGCCUUUGCACUGCUGGCAUAUGCAUUUCCCCCUCCUUUUUAAAGUGUAUUUAUUAUUUCAGUAUCAUGUCUUUUUCUGUGUGUGUGUGUUUAAUUUUAAAAAACCCAGAAACCUGGUAUUGCAAAAGCACACAGGGAAUACAUUUCACAUUUCACUUAGCAAUAGGAAAGAUAGCAAGGUGGUUGCCUGUAUGCCUUAGUUUGUAGUUCUUGGAGAGAGGAUCAGUAGCAGAGCAGCAUAAUGCUAUGUGUGUUUAGCCUGUAGUUAGACUUAAGAAUUGCCUAGGAUGGCAGCCUUAGCAUGGAUGAUAGUUGUCUAGCUGGGUCAAUGAUCUGUCUUUGAGUAAACUUCAUAAGCACAUGUUAGCAAUACGUUAUGAAGAGUUCGUGUUUCUCAGACAAAGGAUUAAUGUAGCAGAGAUUGCUAGACAAUUCUUAGACACCUUGUAUACAUCUAAAAACAUUAUUGUUAUAGUGAUUGAAAGUGGUGCCUCGCAAGACGAAAUUAAUUCGUUCUGCGAGUUUUUUCGUCUUGCGAAUUUUUCGUCUUGCGAAGCACGGUUUCCCAUAGGAAUGCAUUGAAACGGUUUCCCAUAGGAAAAAGGAAACAAACUUGCAAGACGUUUUCGUCUUGUGAAGCAAGCCCAUAGGGAAAUUCGUCUUGCGAAGCAACUCAAAAAACGAAAAAUUCUUUCGUCUUGCGAGGCAUUCGUCUUGCGAGGUACCACUGUACUUACCUUGAUGCAGUUCUUCCAGCACACAUACCAAACUAUCCUAUUUAGGAUAGUUCUACUCUUUUAUCUCAGAUUAAAACAGUAGGUUGGAGAAUUUGUGUGUUCAGAACACCUUUCCUGUAUAAAAAAAGAAAAGAACAUGAAGCACUUUGAGCACAGUGAAAUGACACUGGCUAUGACUUAAUCAUAGAUCCGCUGUCAGUUUGGAUUAUACCAAUUUCUACUUUCAUGUGAUCUAUUCGAAAACAUUCUCAAGCUAACUUUUCUUGGACAGUAACGAUAAAUGGUUUGGACAACGAAUCAAGACAUGUUCAAUAUAGGCAUGUUUUAAUCAAUUGGACAGCAGCCUUCAACCUUGCCUGACACAGGACAAACUUUUGAACCCCAACCUCAAACAAGGAAUACUCCUGUAUGUGUUUCUAACUGCCAUCUAUGUACGUCUAUAAGUAACUUCUGAUUUACAGUAAAAGCAAAAUUAACCAGUGCUCAUCACACUGAAUAUCCCAUUGGGAAGGGUUUGUUAGGUUAUUCCUUACAUUCUUCCCAUUCUUGCUCUUCAGAUAAUUGUCUCCAAAGCAGCUCACAAAGGCAUAAGAAACAGGCCCUCACCAGACUCACUACUGAAAGAAACAAGAUGCACAAGAAAAGAGGAGUGUAAGAAAAUGGUAGAGAUUAGUUCUUCAAGGCCAGAAUGAAGUCGUAAGCUAUGUAUGGGUAUUUGUAUUUCGUUCAGGCCCAGCUGAUCUUCCCUUUGCUGGUGUUUUUGCUUGUUCCUUGGCUGCUGGAUGGGACCAGAGUGUCCUUUACCCCCGGUUCUGUAGUCCCAGGGACAACUGGCAGUGGGAGCUAGAUGCCCUUUCUUGCAAGGAAGGGAAAGUAAGCCCCAGUGGAGGCUAGCAUGCCAAUUUCAGUCUGCCUUCAGGCAGUCCCAACUUGGCUGACUUCUUUCUUCUAAGCCAGUGAUGGCCAAACUUGACCCUCCAGCUGUUUGGGGACUACAAUUCCCAUCAUCCCUGACCAUUGGUCCUGUUAGCUAGGAAUGAUGGGAGUGGUAGUCCCAAAACAGCUGGAGGGCCAAGUUUGGCCAUCACUGUUCUAAGCAGUCCAGGGGUAGCACUGGCAAUCAGCUUCUCCCUUAGUGUCAAUGUUGCUUUUGUUGAUCUUAGCAAGGAGGAAGAUAGGCACAGCCAAUGGAUUCUAGUUUUGUACCUUCAGUGUCUCUGGCUCCACCAGCUGUUGCCCUCCCUGCCUUCCACCCUGUCAUAACUGGAAAGCACUUUGCAGUUGUUCCUUUUCUAAAAAACAGAUGGGGCCAAGCUGAUCUUCCCUUGGCUUGAGUACAAUCCCUCCAUAGCCCUUGACUAUGACAUGGAGCCCAUUUUCCUUUAGAUCUCCAGCCCUAGAGUAACUUGCUUGUGUUCCCUCCUUCAGAAAUGACCUUCAGAAAUAACCCUCUCCUUUCUCCGGCUAGAUGACUGGUCAUUGCCUCAGAAUCUUUUCCCCUGAAGAAACUAUCCUGUCUUGUUUGAGAGCAAUUAAUUUGUCCGGGUCUUAAUCUUCCUAUAUUAAGAAGCAAUGAUAGGGCUAUAUACUAAGAUUAUCCAUGGCUAAAUUGUCUUGAGCACAUACCAGGUACAAUGGCAUGUAAUUAAGAGGAUUAAAGUGCAAGUAGUUUGGUGCUGAAUAAAGGUUCAGGAAAACGCUGUCUUUCGGAGUGCGGAUAAUGCAGAGAUUAGUGGUGCUGAAGUUGUACAAUAAUAAUAAUAAUAUAAUAAUAAUUUAUUAUUUGUACCCUGCCCAUUUGGCUGGGUUUCCCCAGCCACUCUGGGCAGCUCCCAACAGAAUGUUGUUGUUGUUGUUUAGUUGUGUCCAACUCUUCGUGACCCCAUGGACCAGAGCACGCCAGGCACUUCUGUCUUCCACUGCCUCCCACAGUUUGGUCAAACUCAUGCUGGUAGCUUCGAGAACACUGUCCAACCAUCUCGUCCUCUGUCGUCCCCUUCUCCAUGUACCCUAAAUCUUUCCCAACAUCAGGGUUUUUUCGAGGGAGUCUUCUCUUCUCAUGAUGUGGCCAAAGUAUUGGAGCCUCAAUUAUUAUUAAUAUUCCCACAUAAUAAUUAAUAAUAAUUAAAUAAUAAUUAAAAAGCGAUAAAAACUAGAAUCUCUAGUUCUUCCCGAAGUUGAGGAAGGAGAGACAGUUCCAUAAGCUGCAAUUCCGUAUGUGGUUACCUGGGAGUAACUCAGUGAGGCUUACUUCUGUAUUCAGACACAGAAUUGCGUUUUAUAUUUCCAAUUUUAGAAAUCCUUACAGAUGUGCUAGGCAACAGUACCCAAUUUCAAGUCUUCCACACGCUAAACAUGAGCCCUGUUGGCUGGAAGAGUGGAGUGCUAACAUUUAAUUCAGUGGGGAAAAGGGAUGAUUCAGCUGUGGGGAGUUUGGGAAAGUGCUUUCAUAUAUAGUGGCAGCUUCAUCAUUGGAUGCACUCUCUAGUCUGCUGCUUAAAUGGUUGCACAAGCACAAAGCAAUCAGACUGCUGUAAAUUCAUGUUUGCAAAAGCCGACCUUCCUAAGGAGGCUUGGGCAGUUGCUAGGCAAGGUACAAAAGGAGACUGAAGGAGAAGUGAUCUUAGAAAGGGGAGAGAACAAAAUAAAGUAACACUCUACAGAGAAAAAUCUUUCCAUGGACACUAGCUCCCCCUUUGCCAGCCCGGUGCUCUCCAGAUGAACUACAACUCCCAUCAGCCCUUGGACUUUUUGAAAAGGGGGAAAAGGGGGAAACUAAGUAUGGCCAUUUGUCUUCUUUUUGCUUUGCUACCCGUGGAAGGGCUUAUUGAAAGGCAGGGAGAGAGAAACGCUGGGCCUUUUUGUGUCCUCUCUGCUUUACAGUGGUACCUCGGGUUACAUACACUUCAGGUUACAGACUCCACUAACCCAGAAAUAGUGCUUCAGGUUAAGAACUUUGCUUCAGGAUGAGAACAGAAAUCGUGCUCCGGCGGCACGGCAGCAGCAGGAGGCCCCAUUAGCUAAAGUGGUGCUUCAGGUUAAGAACAGUUUCAGGUUAAGUACGGACCUCCAGAAUGAAUUAAGUACUUAACCUGAGGUACCACUGUACUUGGACCAUAAAGAAGGCUGAUCGCCGAAGAAUUGAUGCUUUUGAAUUAUGGUGCUGGAGGAGACUCUUGAGAGUCCCAUGGACUGCAAGAAGAUCAAACCUCUCCAUUCUUAAGGAAAUCAGCCCUGAGUGCUCACUGGAAGGACAGAUCCUGAAGCUGAGGCUCCAAUACUUUGGCCACCUCAUGAGAAGAGAAGACUCCUGGAAAAGACCCUGAUGUUGGGAAAGAUGGAGGGCACAAGGAGAAGGGGACGACAGAGAAUGAGAUGGUUGGAUGGUGUUCUUGAAGCUACCAGCAUGAGUUUGAUCAAACUGCGGGAGGCAGUGGAGGACAGAAGUGCCUGGCGUGCUCUGGUCCAUGGGGUCACGAAGAGUCGGACACAACUAAACGACUAAACAACAACAACAACCACUGUACUGCCCACUGGUCUCAUGGUGCAACAAUAGGCAGCUGCUCUAGCUAUGGAGUAGUUUUUGGAAAGUGUGCAUUGUGUGGAGUAGUGCAAGAGAAAGUUCAGCAUCCACUCUUAAUUUGUUUUAUUUUGCUGCUGGCCAGCCACGUGGAGCAGUAGGCAAACAGCUAGUUUAAAGAUAACUUGUGCAUUGGGGUGGGAAAUCACAGAGCUCACCUAUUGCUUUCCUGCCUGCCAGUUUUGUGGCAGCAGCUGGCUGAGGGACUUUUUUUUUAUAAUGUGUAUGUGGAGGAAGAAAUGCACCGAUCAUCCUGUUGCUGCUUUGUUUGUUUUGCUGGCCAGCAGCAAAUGGCCACUGACGUAAUCACAGGGCGCUGCUGGCCAUUGACAAGCAGCAUGUUGUUGCUCUGCCUUCCAUGGGCAGCCACCAGAAAAGAUGGUGACUGUUGUGUACUGCCUUCCAUAACAUUUCACUAGCUGCUGUGAACGUGUAUCAGACCUGGGCUGCUACUCUUCCAGCUAAUUAUAUCUCUUGGUUCUUCCUUGUUUGUUCUUCCUUUGUGUUGCUUGCCAAUCCAGCUGCUGUGCUUUGCCUUUUAAAACUGUGGAUCUCUGCAGCUUGUACAGCAAUAUCCUGUUACCUUAACUAGUGCGCGGUAGGCAACUGAAUGGGGGCAUGCCACAGUAGGGUUGUCCUCAUUGCAGCUGAAAAGCUGCCCCCACUUCAUGUAUUGCUGGCUGUUUCAAAUUGCUGCAGACUCCUGCAGAUUGUCAUGCCAGAAUCCUCUGGUAUAUCCUUCCCUUUCGGCUCUGUCUGUGUAUUUGUGCUUGCUUAAAUAAAAUUACACCAGAAGAAUACCACUGUUAAAGGACAUGUUCCUGGUGUGGGGUUUUUUUGGAUGUGUGAGUGUGUGUCAGUUGUAUAGAUUGCUUUGCUGUAAACAGACUUGAAUGUGUUAAUAGGUAUACAGUGGUACCUCGGGUUAAGUACUUAAUUCGUUCCGGAGGUCUGUUCUUAACCUGAAACUGUUCUUAACCUGAAGCACCACUUUAGCUAAUGGGGCCUCUUGCUGCAGCUGCGCCGCCGGAGCACGAUUUCUGUUCUCAUCCUGAAGCAAAGUUCUUAACCUGAAGCACUAUUUCUGGGUUAGCGGAGUCUGUAACCUGAAGCGUAUGUAACCUGAAGCAUAUGUAACCUGAGGUACCACUGUAAUUUGAUGUAGGUUUACUCUGCGAUAGUAGCAUGUUCACGCCAAUUCCUACCUAAAACAGUUGUUGUUGUUGUUUAGUCGUGUCCGACUCUUCGUGACUCCAUGGACCAGAGCACGACAGGCACUUCUGUCUUCCACUGCCUCCUGCAGUUUGGUCAGACUCAUGCUGGUAGCUUCGAGAACACUAUCCAACCAUCUCGUCCUCUGUCGUCCCCUUCUCCUUGUGCCCUCCAUCUUUCCCAACAUCAGGGUCUUUUCCAGGGAGUCUUCUCUUCUCAUGAGGUGGCCAAAGUAUUGGAGCCUCAGCUUCAGGAUCUGUCCUUCCAGUGAGCACUCAGGGCUGAUUUCCUUCAGAAUGGAUAGGUUUGAUCUAAAACAGUACCACUGUUAUUCUGUAUGGAGUGGAGGCAUAUUAUCUGCAUCUGGGCCUGUGAGAUCUGCACUGUCAGCAUGGGUAUUGAUGUGUGGAAAAUGUUCAACUCAGACACUAACAACAAAUCAGCCCUUUGUACCUCUGGGGGAUUCACAGCAUUGGUCUGAACACAGCCGCCCCUGUUUCGAACUCUCCUCAUAGACUGUGUCAAGAGGGAUCUUGAGAGUGGAAGCAGAGGGAUUUCCGCUGGUGCUAUCUGUUGACAUAGGAGCAGUGCUUCAUAGUGAGAAGGGGGGAGAAAUCAGUAUUUGUGAAGUGGCCUAAGUAGAUUGCUUGCAUCCGAAGACCAGAGUUCGUAUGAGAUUGUCUUGAAACAACCAUGGGUAUGAGAAGCCAAGGAUUUUAAACCUGCAUAUGUCUCUUGUUUAAAGAGUACCGUGUUUUUCGCCCUAUAGGACGCACCGGCCCAUAGGACGCACCUCGUUUUUUGGGGGGGGAAAUGAAUAAAAAAAAAUUAUUCCCCCCCCCAGCUGCGGGGCUGGGGCGGGGGAAGCCCGAGCUUCCCCCGACCCCAGCCCCCAGAACAGGCUGCUAUCCGCAAGCCUUGCAAGCCCGGUGGCAACUCCCACCGGGCUCGCAAGGCUUGUGGACACCUGCGCGAAGCAUGGGGCGCCCUCCGGAGGGCGCCCCGUGCUUUGGGCUGCAGGCUGCCACCCGCAAGCCUUGCGAGCCCGUGGGAACUCCCGCUGGGCUUGCAAGGCUUGCGGAUAGCUUCCUGAAGCCUGGAGAGCGAGAGGGGUCAGUGCGCACCGACCCCGCUCGCUCUCCAGGCUUCAUCGAAAGCCUGCAUUCGCCCCAUAGGACGCACACACAUUUCCCUUCAUUUUUGGAGGGGAAAAAGUGCGUCCUGUAGGGCGAAAAAUACGGUAAAUGUUGUUGGCAUCUGUCUUGAGAUACAAUGGAGGGCAACUCUGGGGGUGAAGUCAAAAUGCUGUGUUAGCAGCACCAAAGUGACUUCUCUGGGGUGCAAGUCUGGACAGUGUGUACGGAGGUCCUGGGCUGCACAAACAUCAAGACCCCCACUCGGCCUCACUGAUUAUAUAUUAUUAUUUUAUUAGAUCUAUAUACCACCCUUCAUCAGGUCUGUUCGCAAGAUUAAAUCUGGGACAAAGUCCCUCCUGCAGAAUGAUAUGGUCCAAAGGAAAGCAGAGCAAUACGUUUGGCAUCAGCUUGGUUGCAGGAAUUGCCCAAAGAAGUCAUGCAAAGCGCCAUCCAACCGUCUUAGCCACAGGGGUCAGCAAACUUUUUCAGCAGGGGGCCGGUCCACUGUCCCUCAGACCUUGUGGGGGGCUGGACUAUAUUUUUGGGGGGAGGGAAUGAACAAAUUCCUAUGCCCCACAAAUAACCCAGAGAUGCAUUUUAAAUAAAAGGACACAUUCUACGCAUGUAAAAACAUGCUGAUUCCCUGACCAUCCACGGGCUGGAUUUAGAAGGCUAUUGGGCCGGAUUGGGUCCCCGGUCCUUAGUUUGCCUACCCAUGGCCUUAGGGACUCCACUCCAGAUUUGUGUAGGCGUUUAGUCCUUAGCCUUUUCUUCUCUUGAAGAUAUCCUGCAAGAUGGUGGAGGUUUAGGAUCAGAGUUUUCCUUCUCCUAGAUGGGCUACCUUCCCAAGUUGACGAGCUCCAUCUGCCCCUCACUUCCUUCUACAGCACAUGCAGAAACCGCCUUCUUGACUGUUGGACCCGUAUUGGUCUCAUCCAGUCAAUCUGCCGGAGUCUUGUCUUGACAUGUAGGAGAAGUCCCCAACUCACUGGCAGUUUACACCCAUUACAGCUGGUUCAGCCAGCUAGUUGAAGUCAUUUCCCAGGGUGUGGACGCUGUCACAUUAAUGGAGUAAAUACCACUCAGCUGGUCUUUUGAUUCUCACAGAUGGACACUGUACUGCAAGAAUGAGGAGCCUGUGGCCCUCCAGAUGUUGUUGGACUCCAGUUUCAGCCUUAAGCCCCAUUUUUCUCUCCUUCUCCACAUUUGCUGUUUGGAUAGAAUUGUAUAUGAAGUGUGCAAACACUGGCCAUGGGAAUAAUUCACUGUGGGGGGAAAUAGCUGUGUGCUAUAGGAAACAGUAGGGAUGCGGGUGGCGCUGUGGGUUAAACCACAGAGCCUAGGACUUGCUGUUCAGAAGGUUGGUGGUUCAAAUCCCCACGACGGGGUGAGCUCCUGUUGCUCGGUCCGUGCUCCUGGCAACCUAGUAGUUCAAAAGCACAUCAAAGUGCAAGUAGAUAAAUAGGUACCGCUCCGGUGGGAAGGUAAACGGUGUUUCCGUGCACUGCUCUGGUUCGCCAGAAGUGGCUUAGUCAUGCUGGCCACAUGACCCGGAAGCUAUACGUCGUCUCCCUUGGCUAAUAAAGCGAGAUGAGCACCGCAACCCCAGAGUCGGUCACGACUGGACCUAAUGGUCAGGGGUCCCUUUACCUUUACCUUAUAGGAAACAGUACCAGCUUUUAGCUUUUAUCAAGAGAGUAAAUUGGUAGAUCCAGGUGAGGCUUUGGGAGGAAUGGCACUGAAAUGAUCAUACUGUGAUAGUAUUAGCCUUUUGCCACUUGUUUAUGCUCUGAAAGAAAUGUAAUACUUGACUUUAGAGGGUUUUAAAAGUUCAGAAAGGAAUGGGAUAUUUGGAGAGAGAAAAAUGUCUUUUAAAUAAAACUUUGCCCCUGGACCAUUGUGGGUACUAAGCCAAGUUCAUGUUAUGGGCAGUAGCUCCAGAUGGCCUUUUCUGAAUGGGGCAGGAUGCCUAGAGCCCAAGACGUUGUGCAGAAGCACAAACUCUGCUUUAACAUGACAUCCAAAACAGUAAAGUGUGUGUUGGGGUGAGGGAGGCAGAACCCAAACUCUCCUUCUCUCUGCAGUCAUCAAACUCCUGAUUUUGAGUGUCCAGGAUAUUUUAAAAUGGAUGAAUAAACUAAUCAAGCAAGGCAUGGCAAGGCAAGUGGGACACACUCAAUGCAGGAAACAAAGAAACCUGAAGUGAGAUUUGUCCCAAACACCAUUCCAUCUUUCUCCUCUUUCUCCCAGUCUCCCUUCCCCCGGGGUCAUGUAUUAUUUUGUGAUAGGCCUUAAUUGUUAGAAGCCUCUUGAGUGAAUGUUGACUGAAAAGUAGGAGCCAGGGUAUAUACAAUAAUUAAAAUGACACACUAUUAUUUUCUUAGGGGAAAGGGGGUGUGGAUGGUGAGAACAGGAUGCUGGACAAGAUAGGCCAUGGGCCUGAUCCUGCAGGCUCUCCUUACGUUGUUAUUAGACAAGUAUAGUUCUGUUCAAGCUGUAUGAAGUGCUUCCUCUAUUCGCUCUUUCCUCCUGCAUGCCGAUUUUCAUUUCACUCAGCAAGCCGCCCUGUUUAACAUUUAAUAUCCCUUGACGUCUUCCGUGCGGCUUUACAGAGUCCCAAUGGCUGUAAGCGACCACAGAUCUCCAUUGGGUGCGGCUAUAAUUAAACCACCUUGGAAUGGGAGAGCAGAGUUAAUAUUUACCUAGCCGUGGAGUGAAAAGCCUUGUUUUUUUUCUCUCUUGAUAUAAAGCAAGAGACAAGACUGCCUUGUACUUGAGUUUUAUGGUAAGUGCUUAUCUUGCACUUGGGGCAGAGCCCAGCCCCACCCAGUACCCGUUUUAACGUUUUGGCUUUCCUGUUAACUCAAACGGGGUAAAUAUGUAUUAGGGAGCCUGGCAUGCCUGUCUUCCCUUUGAAAACAGGCAUGUUGGAGGGUAGCAGUUGACAAGGGUUGUGUGUCUUGACAUGCCAUUAAAAGAUGAGUCUGGUGCUUCACUGUAUACUUUUCUAUUUUGACUCAUAAUUUAAGAACAUAGUGCUAUAUGAAUUCUAAGGUCUCAUAUAUAUAAAUCUUAUGUCCAUAAAUUUACAAGGCAAACAUGUGCAUAAGUAUAGAAACCACAUGUCUGAAAUAGUACAGGAGAGCAAUCCUGAAACCAUUUUGACUCUUCCAGUGACCUCAAAUAUUAUCUGCAAUGGAGAAGAAAGCCUCCCCGUUGUCUCUUUGCUCAAAUUCUGUCUUAAGGGCAAAUUUGUGUAUGAAUAGGGUGAGCCUGUGACCUGGAUUCAGGAACUAAGUAUUUAGCAUCUCGAAAUGAAUGGCCAGGCUACCCAGGUGGCGCAAUCAGUGACCAUUGUCAGGUAUCCUGACAAACAGGAUUUCUGUGGUAGACUGCCCCCUGUGAUCUAUUUCUGUUGGAGACCGCCUCCUUAUGUGAUGUUUGUAUGAUGCUUUGGGGGUGGUAUUGAGCUACAGGGUGGGCAAUUUCAAAAGUCUAUAUAAGGGCUUGCACACCAUUGUUUGGAAUUCCUCUCCACCCUCCCUGCGUGGGGUGAGUGGGGGACCCUGUUGCAACAGUUUAAUAAAGAUCAGGCUUAUUAAGCUGCUUUGCUUCUUAAUAUUCUCUGGUUGGCCUCUGUUAUUUUCUCCUUCUGAUAGGGAACCUACUUAAGGACUCUAUACGGCCUCUUGGAUACCCUAUAAGGGAAAAGGAGCAGGUUUUUUUCUUAUAACAAUAGGAAGCUGAGUCAGACCAUUGGUCUAUCUAGCUCACUUUUACCUUUACCCAUCUAGCUCAGUACUGUCUACACUGACUGCCAGCAGCUCUCCAGGGUUUCAGACAGAAGCCCUUCCCAGCCCUACCUGGGGAGGCUGGGGAUUGAACCCAAGAUUUUCUGCAUGCAGAGCACUCACUCACUAAGCUACAGCCCUUCCCCAAAGGAGGGAGAAAUGGGGUAAGGGAAAAGGUCUCAAUUUGUUUAAUACGAGGGCAGUAGCAAUGUAGAGACAGGAGGAUGAGCAGUGAGAGGUCUAGGGGCAUUACUGAGUAAGGUAGGGGUAGCCAAUGUCAUGUCUUGCCAGUAUGGCUAGUAGUCAGGGAUGAUGGGAGUCCAACAAUGUCUGGAGUAAAGAGACAUACCGUAUUUUUCGCUCUAUAGGACGCACUUUUUUCCCUUCAAAAAUGAAGGGAAAAUGUGUGUGCGUCCUAUGGAGCGAAGACGCCGUAGCCCCGCGACCCUCUCCCGGCUGGAGAGGUGACGCGCGGCUAUGGCAGGAGCCUCUACAGCCCCGCGUCACCUCUCCAGCCGGGAGAGCGCGCGCGUGGCGAAAGCAGCCCCCAGCGACCCUCUCCCGGCUGGAGAGGUGACGGGCGGCUAUUGAGGCUCUUGCCAUAGCCGCCAGUCACCUCUCCAGCCGGGAGCAUGCGCGGGCUAAAGCAGCCCCAGCGACCCUCUCCCGGCUGGAGAGGUGACGGGCGGCUAUUGAGGCUCUUGCCAUAGCCGCCAGUCACCUCUCCAGCCGGGAGCGCUGCGCGGGCAAAAGCAGCCCCAGCGACCCUCUCCCGGCUGGAGAGGUGACGGGCGGCUAUUGAGGCUCUUGCCAUAGCCGCCAGUCACCUCUCCAGCCGGAGAGCGCCGCGGGGCAAAAGCAGCCCCAGCGACCCUCUCCCGGCUGGAGAGGUGACUGGCGGCUAUUGAGGCUCUUGCCAUAGCCGCCAGUCACCUCUCCAGCCGGGAGAGCGCGCGGGGCAAAGCAGCCCCAGCGACCCUCUCCCGGCUGGAGAGGUGACGGGCGGCUGUUGAGGCUCUUGCCAUAGCCGCCCGUCACCUCUCCAGCCGGGAGCGCGCUGGGCGAGAGCAGCCCCCCGCGACCCUCUCCCGGCUGGAGAGGUGACGGGGGGCUAUGGCAGGAGCCUCUAUAGCCGCGCGUCACCUCGUCAGCCAGGAGAGCGCGCGCGGGGCUAAAGAAACCAUAGCCCUGCGACCCACUCCCGGCUGGAGAGGUGACGCACGGCUAUGGCAGGAGCCUCUCCGCUGCGCCUUUCCGCUGCUCCCUGAACUGCUCUUUGGGGCUGGUGGUGGGCUUCCCCCCGCCAGCCCCCAAGAGCAGGUCGAAAGGAACCUGAAGCCUGGAGAGCGAGAGGGGUCAGUGCACACCGCCCCCUCUCGCUCUCCAGGCUUCCAAAGUAGCCGCCUGAACGCACCUUAAACGGCACCUUGUUUUAGAGCGGAAAAACAAGAGGGGGAAAGUUCUCCCCCUCUCUGCACAGCGCCUCCUGCCACUUCGCUGAAGGGCGCUGGGCAGAGAGGGGGAGAUUUUUUUUUUCUUGUUCUCCCCCCUCUAAAACAAAGUGCGUCCUAUUGUCCGGUGCGUCCUAUGGUGCGAAAAAUACGGUAAUUCUAAUUCUAAAACAGGAUGCAAGGAUUCUCCCCAAGCCCACUGCAGGGCACCUAACAGUGUCUUUAAAAUAUAUAUGGCUAUAAAAUCAUUAGUAGAACUAGAGAGAAUUUCCUCAAAUCUUGAUCUAGUCCUCCACCAAAGGCCAUCAAGAAUGAGCCUUUAACGGAUUAUCCUGGACAAACGCUUCCAAGUUAGGGGUACAGUCCCUAAAACAGGCUCUGUUUCUUUUUGUUAACCUUGGUGGUCCAUGAUUUUCUAAAUCUGGACCUUUGUUUUUUGAAGCUCAGUAUGUGCAGGAAGGUUCAAAUGAAGACAUGCUGUUCCCUGGAUAUCGGAAGGCCACCCAUUAUGUUUUAGAUACUUAGCAGAAGCCGCUCUUGUUUGUAGGUUUGUUUUGCUGCAGGUAUGGAGUAGUUAAGGUACAGCUAUGACCCCUCCGUCUGUAAGUUGCAUUGAAAUCAGCAGCGCUUACUUCCAGGAAAAUGUGUUCAGAAUGGGGAUAGUCUGACUGCUUAGUUUAGUAAGGCUGUGAUCCUGAACCCUUAGUAGGAAGAACUGCUUCAGCUUCAGCAGGGUGGCUGCAUGUGCUAUCACACUAUGCCCAGAAUCCCAUCGUUCCUCCAAGGAGCUCUGAGCAGGUGCCCAACAUAAUGGCAAUACAGUGGUACCUCGGGUUAAGAACUUAAUUCGUUCUGGAGGUCCGUUCUUAACCUGAAACUGUUCUUAACCAGAGGCAACACUUUAGCUAAUGGGUCUGCCGUGCCGCUGCUGUGCGAUUUCUGUUCUCAUCCUGAAGCAAAGUUCUUAACCCGAGGUACUAUUUCUGGGUUAGCGGAGUCUGUAACCUGAAGCGUCUGUAACCUGAAGCAUCUGUAGCCCGAGGUACCACUGUACAGUAAGCCUGCUGCUUACUGGUGGCUGAGAAGUACUCAGGGUGGGGCAUAUUGAAGAGCUUGUUUGCCCUGGCUGCAGGAUGGGCAGCCUGCAAGGGUGCUGAUUGUGUUCCUUUGUAUUUCCGUCACUUCCUAUGGACCAGUGCCUCGGAUGUGAAUCUUUCUGUGCUUGCAGGAGAGCAUUUGCUCUCGGCAGUCUGGCUGCAUCUCUGCUGCUGCUGCAGUGGGUGGGUCACCACCAAACUGCAUAGUAACUCUGCCUCUGGUGGAGAGGGAAUUCAGAGCAUCAAAUGCUGCCGUCUCUCUCUGUGUGAUCUGCUAAUAACUAACGCCAUGCAGUUUCUGUAGCAUCACUUGGCCCGAGGAGGCUUCUGUGGAAACCGGCUUCUUCGCAGUGUAAGUUGCUCUGUUGGGUUUGGGUGGGGGUUCCACUUUCGGGAGCUGAAGGACAAAGAUCAGAGGGCUGUCCGUUCUUACUGGCAAAACGGCAAGCUUAUUUUGUUUAUUUGUAUUCAGAUGGAGCCCCUCUGGACCAGACUGAUUGGUAGAGCAGGAAGCUGGAGCCCACGUUUAACAAGGACCAUGGGUUGUGUCGGGAUGGAUUGGAUUAAAGGGAACUCUGAAUUAUUUCAGCAGCUCUAUUGGCGAGUAUUGCAGGGUGGGGUUGCUGGCUGCAUCGCAAGACAAAGCAGAGGGCAGCAGCUGGCGUGCAGCUCCUGCAGAGCAACAACUCUGAGCUAAUAGGUGGAAGGCAAAGCCUGGUUUUCAGUGUGAAUUAUAGAUGUGGCCUACCAGUGUUGGGGAUUUGGCGAUGCGCUAGGGAGGCACAUCAACCAAGGCCAUUCUCGCUUCUCUCUUAAAGUCCUUGUCCAUUUAUUGCUGCCGCCUUGGUUAAACUUGCUUCUUGGAAGAUAAAACUCAAUUAUCCAGUGCAGUGGGACUCGGCACUUCUGCAUCAGCCUCUGGGAAUGCAGAGUAAAGUACAGGAUUAGUGCACGCCAGUCAUCUUACAGAGCCUGAAGUCCAGUGUGCUGCAAUAGAUGGUGGGUUUGAUUUCAGUCUGGAAGCUCCUGGGUUCAGAUGCUAAUCUGUUUCAGACUUUGCAUGGCCUCGGGCGAGUCGCUGUUUCUCAGCCUCACUUCCCCAUACAUAAAAUGGGAGUAAUAGCGAGCUCCCCUGCAGAAUUGUGAGAUGGGCAUACAUAAAAAUGGCAAAGCAUGUUGCAGAUGAAAAGUGCCUUGAUAACUACUAUUUUACAACAGCUGUACCUAGAAGGCUGACAUAUUUAUUGUCUCAUCCCUUAGUAAGCAAGAUGCUAAUGUAUCAAGAGACAAGAAUGUGGGGGCACUUGUGGAUUUUGCAGAAGUUAACCAUAUUCCCAGUAUAAAGUUGAAAUCCAUAUGUCUUAGAAGCAGUAGCUGUUUAAAGAAAUGUGGGCACAAUCUAAUAUCCCCCCACCAUCUAUACUUGAAUCAUAGAGUUGGAAGGGACCAUGAGGCUCAUCUAGCCCAACCCAGUGCAGGAUUUCUAGCUCUCAAAAGCAGAGGUGGGGAGCCAUUGGUCCUCCAGAUGUUGUUGAACUCCUGUUCCCAUCAGCCCCAGCCAGCUGGCCUAGGAUAGUGGGAGUUGCAAUGCUGCAACAUCUGGAGGGUCACAAGUUCCCCAUCUCUGUUGUAAGCUGUAGUCCUGGGGAAAGGUGAAAUACUCCCAUCUUCCAGUUACAGGUAGGUAGCCAUGUUGGUCUGCUGUAGUCGAAACAAAAACAAAAAAAAUCCUUCCAGUAGCACCUUAGAGACCAACUAAGUUUGUUAUUGGUAUGAGCUUUCGUGAAGAAGUGUGCAUGCACAUGAAAGCUCAUACCAAUAACAAACAUAGUUGGUCUCAGGUCCGUAUAGUUAAAGCUAUGGUUUUCCCAGCAGUGAUGUAUGGAAGUGAGAGCUGGACCAUAAAGAAGGCUGAUCGCCGAAGAAUUGAUGCUUUUGAAUUAUGGUGCUGGAGGAGACUCUUGAGAGUCCCAUGGACUGCAAGAAGAUCAAACCUCUCCAUUCCGAAGGAAAUCAGCCCUGAGUGCUCACUGGAAGGACAGAUCCUGAAGCUGAGGCUCCAAUACUUUGGCCACCUCAUGAGAAGAGAAGACUCCCUGGAAAAGACCCUGAUGUUGGGAAAGAUGGAGGGCACAAGGAGAAGGGGACGGCAGAGGACGAGAUGGUUGGACAGUGUUCUCGAAGGUACCACAUUGAGUUUGACAAAACUGCAGGAGGUAGUGGAAGACAGGAGUGCCUGGCGUGCUCUGGUCCAUGGGGUCACGAAGAGUCGGACAUGACUAAAUGACUAAACAACAACAAUUGGUAUGAGCUUUCUUGUGCAUGCACACUUCUUCACGAAAGCUCAUACCAAUAACAAACUUAGUUGGUCUCUAAGGUGCAACUGGAAGGAUUUUUGUUGUUGUUGUUGUUCCCAUCUUCCAGUGAGGGAAAUGGCUGCUGAAUGAAAUAUUUCCCAGCUACUAGUGGUCAAGAGCUCAUGGGUUUUCCCUGUUAUGACCAACCUGAUUGUGUGGGUUGAUUUCUGGACAGGUUGUGAAUUAGGAAUGUUUCAUGUUGCCUGUUCCCAAUGGACUGCUCUCUUGGUGCAUUAGGAAAUGUGUCAGAAGCAUUAUAUCAGGACUCAGCUCUGCAGCUGCAAAUAAAAUGUUUUAAGUGUGACACUAGAUGGUGAUGGUGAGCCUUAUAGAAAAUUCAAAGUGUUUUUAAAAACACUUUUAAAAAAGCAUUUUCAGAGUGGUUUUUAUAUGUUUGUAGAUUCCACCCCUAUCACAUUUCAGUAUGCAAAGCAUUCUGAAGCCACGUAGAUGCAUGUUUUAAUCUCCUUCCUUAGAAGCAGGGCUUUUUUCAGCUGGAACUCAGUUCCGGCACCUCUCAGGUGGGUGCCAUUGCCAUUAUAAGAGAACAAGGGAGGCAUUCACGAUGAGUUCCAGCACCUCUUUUUCUAGAAAAAUAGCGCUCCUGGGAAGGGGUGUGCUUUGCCCUUUAGAGUACUUGUUGGCGCUGAAUGUUUUUUGAGGAGUGAAUGCCGAAAGGCUGGAUAGCCAAAUGAACAUAGUUUGGCUGAAGGACCAAUGUUAUCUGCAUGGAUAAAGGAGAUCCAUCAUUCAUUAGAUGAUCCAGCAGGUUUUUUUAGCUAGAGAUCAGGCUGGAGAGCAGGGCGGGGUUAAAACUCAAUGGACAUCACCCUUCCCUGCUCUAAACAUAAAGCUUGUUAGGAGGAAGAGUAAGGAAUACCUGCCCUAAGAAAAGCCUACCCCUUGCAUUUCUCCACUUCACUUGCUCUGGACAUGCCUCCUGAAUGUAUAAAACACGCCCAGAGCAAUGACUUGCACAGAAGAAGAAGAGGAAGAGUUUGGAUUUGAUAUCCCGCCUUUCACUCCCUUUAAGGAGUCUCAAAGCGGCUAACAUUCUCCUUUCCCUUCCUCCCCCACAACAAACACUCUGUGAGGUGAGUGGGGCUGAGAGACUUCAAAGAAGUGUGACUGGCCCAAGGUCACCCAGCAGCUGCAUGUGGAGGAGCGGAGACGCGAACCCGGUUCCCCAGAUUACGUGACUACCGCUCUUAACCACUACACCAUACAGAGAUGCAACAGGCACCCUCCUCUGAGGGUGGUUAAUUAUCCUGGCACUCCUAAUGCAGAGAAGCAGCAGAAGUGGCUUCCCUCAGAGGACAGUGGUUUGGAGGAGGAAAGUCCAGAGCAGCAAAUCAUGCAGAGAUGCAACAGGCAGCCUCCCAAGAUGAAUGCUUCAGCCUUCUAAGACAAAGUACAGUGGUACCUCGGGUUAAGUACUUAAUUCGUUCCAGAGGUUUGUUAUUAACCUGAAACUGUUCUUAACCUGAAGCACCAUUUUAGCUAAUGGGGCCUCCCGCUGCUGCUGCACUGCCCCCAUGCAAUUUCUGUUCUCAUCCUGAAGCAAAGUUCUUAACUCGAGGUACUAUUUCUGGGUUAGCAGAGUCUGUAACUUGAAGUGUCUGUAACCUGAAGCGUCUGUAACCCGAGGUACCACUGUAGUUGAAUCUCUUACAGGGCAGAGUUUUAGCAGUUGUUGGUUUCACCAAAGUGGAAAAUUCAGGGGGGAGACCUGAGAUAUCUUUGCUGCCCCCUUGCAGCAAUUCCCGCCCCCCUAUUCUGUGAGCCAGGCAAAUGAGUUGGAGGCAGUUGUAUGUUUAAGACUGUGAUGCUGAUCUUAGAAAUGUUUUGUUCAUGGGAUAUCAUGGUGGGUUUUCCCCCCUCCAACUUCGAACACACACCCUCUGCCUCUUAGCUUGUUUAUGUGAAAUGCUUCUCCCUUCCAUAUAGUAAAAGAAAGGACGAUUCAUUAAAGAACUCUGAGUAUGUCACUAGAUUCCCAGUGUACAACUUACCAUUUCCCCCAUAAUUACCUUGACUUGCCUUCCCGGCCAAUUUAUAUCUGGAAGCACAGAGAUCAGAGAACCCAGGAGUUUUUAUGGAGCGUCUAGUUUAGAAGAGCUGCUAUAUCUGCUUUCUGCAAACCUUUUCCAUCCCACACCUUACAGCUAUGAUGAGUCAAAUCCCAGCAUUGGUAGCCUCAGGGCUGAGAGCUUUGUAGGAACUCAUCUGUUGUCUUUGCUAGAAGUAAGUAUUGAUGAGCUUAUUCAAACCGGAGAUGCGUGAGGAUUUAGUAGGCAUGACUAAAUGGUCACAGUAUUGCUGUGACAAGCCCAUUUGGAUAGGGGAGGGUGACCAUCUGCCUGCUAUUCUGGUACUCCCCACCCCCAAAGUAUUUAUUUUUGUAACCUUGGCAAACAACCAAGAUGAGAAGAAAACAGAAGUUGUUAUAGAAGCGUCAAAUUUCCUGGUUUGUUCUCCUUGUGGGUGAAUGUUUUUGAUACAAAAUUGGUAACCAAAGUGAGUUUAAUUGGAUCCAGAGAUCCAAUUAAAGGGUGUUUAGGUAGUUCUGUGCCACUUAAAAAAAUAUUUUCAUUGAAAGGUUUUCAUGGAUAACAAAGCUGCAUAUAGUGUCUAUGUUUUAGUCCUGUGCCACUUAUCGCUUAUUCAGUGCUGUGGGAAUGACCUCGCUGCUGUACCCCAGACUCAAGAAAUAUACCGUAUUUUUCCGUGUAUAAGACUAUAUUUUUUCCUAAAUUUUUGAAGUUUAAAAUAAGGGGUCGUCUUACACAGCGGUACCCCGGGUUAAGUACUUAAUUUGUUCCGGAGGUCCAUUCUUAACCUGAAACUGUUCUUAACCUGAAGCACCACUUAAAAAUAAAUAAAUAAAUAAUAUAUUAUUUAUACCCCGCCCAUCUGGCUGGGUUUCCCCAGCCACUCUGGGCGGCUUCCAACAAAAUGUUAAAAUAAAAUAUUCUAUUAAACAUUAAAAGCUUCCCUAAACAGGGCUGCCUUCAGAUAUCUUCUAAAAGUUUGGUAGUUAUUUUUCUCUUUGACAUCUGGUGGGAGGCCGUUCCACAGGGCGGGUGCCACUACCAAGAAGGCCCUCUGCCUGGUUCCCUGUAACUUGGCUUCUCACAACGAGGGAACCGCCAGAAGGCCCUCGGCGCUGGACCUCAGUGUCCAGGCAGAGACUGCUAAUGGGGCCUCCUGCUGCUGCACCGCCGUUGUAUGAUUUCUGUUCUCAUCCUGAAGCAAAGUUCUUAACCCAAGGUAGCAUUCUGGGUUAGUGGAGUCUGUAACCUGAAGCGUAUGUAACCAAUUCUGGAACAUCCUCCCUAAGAUAGCCUGCCCAGGCCAGGCCUUCCAGUUUUUUCGAAGGAAAGUUAGAUGUCUUUUAACAUAGACAGGCAUUCUGUGUGAUUGCCCGUUGGUAUUUCAGUUUACUCUAGUUGUAUUUUUUUAUUCUCUUUGGUUACGCAUUUUUAUUUUACCUGUUAGUUUUGUGAAUUAUUUUGUGAUCCCUUUUGGCUCUGUUUAUGGAGACAGUUGAAGUACAAGUUUAAAGUACACACACACAUGCACUUUUGCCUGGAUAUCUUCAUAGUUAAAUGUGCUGGGGAGCCCCUCUCUUUGUCUUGGACAUGUGGAAAAGUUCUAGACGUUUGCAGAUGUGAGAUAGCUCAGUAGAGCACAGGACUCUUAAUUUCAGAGUUGUGGGUUUGAGCCCUAUGUUACGCAAAAGAUUUCAGCAUUGCAGGGGGUUGGACUCUAUAAUACUAUAAUUUCUAUAUUUUUUAAAAUGAUAUUUAUUAAAAGUUUAAAAAUUACAGAAAAAAGAAAAAAGACAACAAUAAAAGAGAAAAAGAAACAUAGAAAAGCAAUACAACAAUACAGCAAAAAAAGAAAAAACUAAAACACACAUCCAAUAUUCCAUAUCUUUACCUUUCCUUUACUUGUCUCAUCGACCUCCUCACACCUCCCUUUUUUUGUAUUCUAGUUCAAUUCACUCUUUCAGCAAAUUCUUAUAUAUAUCUAUAAUACUAUAGUAUAUAUAUAAUACUAUAAUAUAUAUCUAUAAUACUAUAAUUUCUAUGAUCUAUGUAAUAAAGCACUGGGUGGCGCUGUGGGUUAAACCACGGAGCCUAGGGCUUACCGAUCAGAAGGUUGGCGGUUCAAAUCCCUGUGUCGGGGUGAGCUCCCAUUGCUCGGUCCCUGCUCCUGCCAACCCAGCAGUUCAAAAGCACGUCAAAGUGCAAGUAGAUAAAUAGGUACUGCUCCGGCGGGAAGGUAAACGGCGUUUCUGUGCGCUGCUCUGGUUCGCCAGAAGCGGCUUAGUCAUGCUGGCCACAUGACCCGGAAGCUGUAUGCCGGCUCCCUCGGCCAAUAAAGCGAGAUGAGCGCUGCAACCCCAGAGUCGGUCACGACUGGACCUAAUGGUCAGGGGUCCCUUUACCUUUACCUUUUAUGUAAUAAAGCGCAACUCAGUUAAGCUGCAGAGUUUGGCUCUUUAAACAUCCUUGUGACUAGAUUGUGCUGAACAAAAAUGCUUUGUACUGACAGGAUUGCGAACUGUGUUUAGAAAGCUUUCGCCACUCCAAUAGCUUUCCAGUAUCCUAAAAAUAAGGGACUAUGCUAGAUUAGUGAUUGCAAAAAAUGGGAAAACUUUAAAUGCAAAUAUUUUUGAAGCCUGGGUUUCCCAAGAAUGGGACAUCUUGCUUAUGAACAUAUUAACCAUUUCACAAAAGGAAUAAUAAUAAGGUUUGGGGGGGGGAGAGACUCACACUUUUUAUACAACUUAGUAGCCCUUUAUUGACUUUGUUAAGACAAUCACACAUAGUUUUCACCCUCGAUCUACUCAUGGAACCUUAUGGAAAGACACUUUCAUUUGAUUGCCUUUCUUGGAACGUCUAAAACUACAACCCUCAGCUGCUGUUUUUCUUUCUUUUCAGUACAAGUACUACGCUCUCUUUUCCUUGCAUAAGUAUGUUUUAUUACUUGAAAUUAAAAAUCUUUUUUUUUUUUAAAGGGGACUAUAUUAAGCUUAAAUGUGUGGAGCUGAAGGUGCUGUAGCUCUGAAUUUGGAAGCGGGGGGCUUCUUACUUAAAUAGCACCGAAAUGCCAACAACAUCCCCAUCCACCUGUUACAACUAAGGUGUGAAAACUGCAUUCUGCAGGGCAGGGUAUAAAUAAAAAUUUAUUAUUAUUAUUUUAGAAAAUGUAUAGACCAUUGAUCGUUUAAAUAAAUAAAAACCAAAACCAAAACCUCAAAGUGGUUUACAAAAAUAUGCCUGGUGCUUAGGCUCCCCACCAUUUGCCCUUUCCCCUUCCAGCAAAAACUGCACACCUUGGCCACCCUGCUGGUGGAACGUACCCUGCUUUUCUCCCCUCUGUAGCAGCCUGAGCAUCCCUCCCUCACUCUCAGACCCCCUUUCUGACUUGGAAAAGCAAACUAGGGCUCUCGCCACUCCUUCCUUUCCCCCCUUCCCUUCCUUCUUUGUUCUUCCUGCUCCCGGUCUCUAUGGCCGCAAGGAGACCUAGGUUUGAGGGACAGACCCUUUCCCACCUUGGGAGCAGGGAUCAAGGGCAGCUGUGCUGGGAGAGAGGCACCCAUUGCCCUGGCGCUGGGUGGUUUCUUUUAGUGGGACUUUCUGGGCAAACACAGGGAGGCGGGACAGUUGCCUAGCAAAGAUCCCGGGGAGAGAACACCCACACCCACAGAGAGAGAGGUGGGACCAGACUGAGAACAAAGGCAGAUCUGCUGAUAGCCUCCUCCCUCUCUCCUCUCCCCCCCCUUACUCCGCCUUGUCUGGGUAGCGUAAGAGGCUGGCCUCCUGCCAAGGAGGGUCACACCAGCCCAGGUUUCUGUCUCUUGUCUCUGCAGCAAGCCCUGCCACCGGCAACAGCUGUUCUGAUGAGGUAAGCCCCCUUCCUGUGGAAGCCUCUGGGUCCAUGGAGUAAGGAGACAUGCCGGCCGGCUGGCCGGCUGGCUGAGUGGGUGGAACAGAUCGGAUUGCUGCUGCGCAUCUUUUUGAGAGAGGAUUUGAGUCCAGGUAACUGCUCGGCAAAGGAGCAGGAGCCGGAUCUUGGCGUCUUCUUUUCAACAACAACAAAACAGGGAAAGUGUCCGUGCGGCUGGGGAGGGAUGUUGCCUCUGUAUAAUCUGCAUCUCUCUCUCCCUCCCUUGUUUUCCUAGGCAAACUUUCGCUUAGCUUUGCACUGCCGGGUGGCAAAUGCGUAUGUACGCGUUAGUGAGGGCUGCCAGCUUUCUCACUGUCAAAGCUGUGUGUUUCCGGCUCGUUCGUUUCAGCCGCUCUGCAGGUUUCAAGAAUGCAUUGGCGGCUCCUUCUUUCUUCUCGCCUGUCUGCCAAGCCCCACAAACCCUAAUCCUCGACGUUCAGCAAUGGCUAGCAUUUGUACAGUGCCAUUUGGGAAAACUCAGCCAUGGAAAUGCAAAUGAGGGGUUGUGGGUGGGAGACAGAGCCUCUUCCCAGAGUCUCAGAUCGGAAAUUAGGAAGGCUUGUCAACGUGCUUGGAGGAGCUGAGCAAUUAUACAGCACCUUCUCUUCCUUUCCCCCCACUUACUCCAGAACCCUCCUCAGUUCUGAGAGUGCAAAUCCCCGUCGUUUUCUUCUAUGGAGUUGAGUCCGGAACCAGACCGUCAAAACAUUUUGUCCUCCUAGUUCUCUGCAAGAUACACUUGUAUUUCUUGAGCCGUUGAGGCUUUCUGUUGUGAGGAGAAAGAAAUAGCAACUUAAUUUCUCAUUGUCUUUCGGUGGCCAUACUGUAAUCUAUGUGUCCCUGUUUCAUCCCGUUCCGUGCUGGAUUUAUGUGACCUCUGGGGCUGGAGGUGUGCUCUCUGCUCUUCCUCCUGUGCUCUUAAAUGGCAGCUAAAUCAGCUUUCUUUAUUCCCAAGGGUGUGGGGGUGGUAGCAGCUUUGACGUCGCCAUCAACCUUACCCAAGUUGCGCCUACCAAUGACAUGCCGUCUUCCUCUUUAUGCAAGGACACAGAGCCGCAAGGUGUUGUGGGAAUUUCCUUCUCUCUCUCUCCCUCUCUCUCUUUCUCUCCAGGUGAUAAGGCUAAGUGGGAAUAAGUCCUCUCUCUCUAUGGGAUCAGCUGUGUGCAGCUGUUGCUUUAAACGUUUCAGGACCUGACCUGUCCAAGUGAGCAACCUUGCCCUUUCCUUCCGUAGGUGGGGAUCGUAGCUGCGCAUGA